GGAGGUGGAGGUGGAGGUGACGGAGGAGGGAGAGCUGUCUGAGGAGGAAGAGGAUGAUGAUGACUCCAAGAGUCAGGAUAAGAUUGAGGGAGUGGCUGGCGGCCAUCAGACCACCGCGGCAGUGGCGGUCUUAGCGGCAGCAGCAUCCGGAGGUUCAGAUGUUGCAGCAGCAGGUGUUUCAUACGAAAGUCAGGAUCUGAGCGGUUCCCCAGGCUCUCCGGGUUCUCCAGGUCCUGCAGGCUCUCCAGGUUCUACAGGUUCUGCUGGUUCUGCUGGUUCUGCUGGUUCUGCUGGCUGCAGGUUCUGCAGGUCCAAUAGCAGUAGAACUCUCUGGUGUCUCUGUUUCUCAGACUAAACCAGCAGGUUCUGACGGAGUCGACUCCGAGUCCAAUGGUAACGGACAGAAGCUGCUGAAUGGAGGAGGGGGCGUGGCUUACAGUCAGACAGGUGUUUUGGGUCCGUCUGGGGGCGGAGCUUCUUCCUUGGAUUAUACAGGAACCAUCGACCCAUCCAAUCACGACUUCCUGCUCGGCCUGAUGGGUGGAGGGGAUCCGUUCAGUCCAGACGUUCACAUCGACAUCCCAGGUCACGUGACUCUGCCCACGCAGCUGGACUCUAUAGGGAUCAGUUCAGGUGUGACGGCGUCUGCAGAACAGAAUGGUCUGGACUCACCAGCAGAAUAUCCCUCUGACGUCAGCAUCGACCAAUCAGGAGCAGCAUCUCUGAGCUCAGACCAAUCACUACCCAGCGCUGGCUCCUCCCACUCGGCAUUCGAUGCAGCUUCUUCACAGAGUGAAACUAACAGAGUUCAGACAGACGGAGCCGACUCACCGGACACUAACGGGAACGGUCGACAGACACUACUGACAGACACAAACGCAGAUGUGACGAUGAUGUCAUCAGAUGUGACGAUGAUGUCAUCAGGAGGGACGGAGACGGUGACAGGUCUUCACAUCGACCUCACAGCUUCGGGACGCGGACAUGAUGUCACAGAGUCGUCCCCCAUCUUCCUCUACACGGACACAGGUGUGUUCUCCCACACAGAUCUGGUUACCAUGGCAACAGACUCCACAGGGACAGACACGGCAGCCGAUCCAACAGGAAGUCCUCUCGACCUCAGUCGUCCAGCUGUGACCGAUCACACACAGACAGCUGGUCCAGUCACUGAACAAUACAACCCAUCUGGUCAGGGUCCUGAAGUAUGUGAGAUUAAGACCUGUUUUGGGGCCCCCGACUCACAGUUCAAGUAG